CGUAUGGGAUUACCCUUCUCAUGCCCUGAAGGCGAAGGAGAGGCAUUCAACAACAGCUUUGAAUCUCUCCUCUAUAAAAGAUCCAACCUUCGUUCUCUAUGUUCCAAUUGCUGCGACUCGGAGCCCUCUCCAAUGACUUUUGGAUCUGGGAAGCUUAUUAUUGAGGAGUCUGUAACAGUCGAAAGAAGAGAAACUGAACCACUCCAAAUGGAAACAAAGAUUUCCAUUAAGAGCCCUUCGGACGAAGAUAAUAGCAGCAGCAAAGAAAGCCCAUUGAAGCCCUCCAGGUUCAGUCAAGAAGCUCUUGUCAUACCCCGGCUCAAACUUGGCUGCCUUAAACACGAAGCUGCUUUGAAAUUGCAGAAGGUAUACAAAAGCUUCAGAACAAGAAGACAACUUGCUGAUUGCGCUGUUUUGGUGGAACAAAGCUGGUGGAAAUUGUUGGAUUUUGCAUUGCUUAAGAGAAGCUCAAUAUCAUUUUUCGAGAUUAAAAAGACUGAGUCUAUUGUUUCCAAGUGGUCAAGAGCAAGAACCAGGGCAGCUAAGGUUGGCAAAGGUUUAUCCAAGAAUGGAAGGGCUAGAAAGCUAGCAUUACAGCACUGGCUUGAAGCAAUUGACCCUCGUCAUCGAUACGGCCAUAACCUUCAGUUCUACUACGAGUGCUGGCUUCGCUGCGAGAGCAAUCAGCCUUUCUUCUACUGGCUCGACGUAGGAGAGGGGAAGGAGAUUAACCUGAAUGAGUGUCUAAGAUCAACGCUUCAACAGCAGUGUAUCAGAUAUCUUGGUCCUAAAGAGAGAGAGGCUUAUGAGGUUAUUGUUGAAGAUGGUAAACUCAUCUACAAGAAGAGCAGGGAGUGCUUGGACACAACUGGAGGGCCAAUAGAUUCAAAAUGGAUAUUUGUUCUUGGCACGCUCAAGAAUUUAUACGUCGGCCAGAAAAAGAAAGGCAUGUUUCAGCACUCUAGUUUUCUAGCUGGGGGAGCUACUUCUGCAGCUGGAAGUUUAGUUGUAGAAAAUGGAGUUCUGAAGGCUGUAUGGCCUCAUAGUGGGCAUUACCGCCCAACCGAAGAAAACUUUGAAGAGUUCAUGAGCUUCCUAAACGAAAACAAUGUAGAUCUUAGUGAUCUUAAGAAAGCCCCAGCUGAAGAUGAAAAUGAAUGGGGAAGAAGACUUCAAAGCCCUCCCUCAGAACCAGACUUGAUCGAAAGAAAUAUCUAUUCCCAGUCUCAACUUGAAGAAGCACAGCUACCAUCAAAUACGUCAAAUGAUUUGGAUCUUAAAUCUGCUUGUGAACCAAAGCAGAAAAGGUUCAAUGACAGAACAAUAGCAGAAGUAGAAAAUAGUUGCGAAGCAUCAAAUCAUUCACAUGAGACAAUUGAAAAUUCCAGAGCUGGUUCUUCGCUUUACAAAAGAAGAUUUGGGUUCCACAGCCCGAAUCUUUUCAUCCAGCAGGACGAUGUGGUCAAAGAAAUAUUACCAAAGGAAGAAAUUCUUCUAAGGUUUUAUAACAAGGAAGGGAUGAAAUCAUAUCAGUUAGGAGAACAAUUAUCUUUCAAAUGGACUACAGGUGCUGGGCCUCGCAUUGGCUGUGUGAGGGACUGUCCUUAUGAGCUCCAGUUUCGAGCACUGGAACAAGUUAAUUUAUCUCCCAGAGGAAGUGAGAGUUCCAGGCCGUUUAGUUCAUCCAUGGUUAUACGAAGCCCAAGGUCAAAGAUGCAGGAAUCAUCUACACUGCACAAGAGUUUAUUACAGAAUCUAAUAGCAAGGGAUAGGAUCUGAACGUGUUUAAAUGUCUAGAAGAUGAGAUGAUGUGGCUUAUUUUUGUAGAGGUAGAAGAGAUCACUGUAAUUACAAGAAGCUUUUUUGGUUGGAUUAUAAA